UCCCAUCCCAGUCAGUCUUGUUCCGAACGCCGGACCGCAGACACGAUGCUGCGUUUAUGCCUCGUGAUCUUACUGACCCACCGUAUACGAACCGCACAUGUAACCGACACACCGUUCACCAACCGUUUCGACAGAUUAUACCAAAAAUUGGAUCGUUUAAACUCUCUUUCGCCAGAAUUGACGGAUGAAGAUGAAGAACAGUUGCUUUCGGCUAUGAAGGCAUGGGGAGGGUUGAGCUCGGAGCAAAUGGAUGGGGUGAUGAAGGAUCUGCAGAGGAUGAAGGUCGAGAGGACCGGGGAUACAGGAGAGCAGGAUUAUGGAGAGUCUUCGUGGGAUGAUGAGGAUUUUGCAGGCGACUACCCAAUGGAUGGUAACGAAGCCAAUGAUGACUGGGAUUCUGAUGACCUGACGGACUCCAGCUCCACCUCCAAGCCUCAGAUCCUCGGGGUGACGCCUUCAGCCUUCACCAGGACGGGACCUGUGAAGACUGUCGUGGUGUCUGCUGUGGAGACCAUCGCGGCUACUAAUGCGAGGCCCAGGAUCUUGGAAGACCCAAUGACGCCGGUGGAGCGUGCAGCACUGCGCCGGGCUGCAAUGGGCAGCAUGAGCGACUUGCUGAAGAACGGCAAGUGUGUAGACCCGCAGCCGCGCUGGCUCAUCGUCAGGCAGCUGGCACCAGCUGCUGACACCAGAUACCUGCCUCCAUGCGUGCAGCUACACCGCUGCGCGCCCGACUCCGGCUGCUGCGUCAACGAGAGCGAGGUGUGCGCUCCCAUCGAAGGCAAGAGUGUCGUCCUGCCCUUCUAUCUCCACAAAGCAAUUGGGCCAAUGAGCGUGGUGAAGAUGCAGUUCUUCAACCACACGCGCUGCGCAUGCGUCUCCCGGGACACCCUGCAGAUGACCAUCCCCUCCAAGGUGCAGCCCAACUACGAGAGUCAGGAGGAGCUCGAGAGACCCUCGCGAAGAGUCAUGGUGGAGAGCCAGAACGACUGGAGAACCCCCACUGAGGAACCCAAUUUGGGAAAAGAUGAUGAACCUACUGCGCCUCCUCAGUUGCGCAGAUGCACAUGCCCAGGUUUAUUCCUGGCCAGCAUGACAGACAACGAGCCUUGCCAAUGCGUGUGCGACUGGCCUGACUCCGCGCGCCGCCGCGACUGUCAGUACCUCGCCAAGGGGAGAGAACACUUCGGGCUCCGGGACCGCGUCUGUGUCGCCCGAGGGGACUGCACCACCCCGGCAUGCGAGUACGGACCCUACGACAAGUCUGUGGGCAAGUGCCCCAUCAGAAGGUACAGGAGAAUGAGGUUCCAUACGAGAGGAAGGUAUCAGGAAAAAACUAUGGUGGUGUGAGGGAAUGACCGUGAGGAGUUAGGUAUUCUAUGGUAUUAUGCAAACAGGAGAUUUUCGUAGCAGUCUCGCGAUGUUUUUGUAUGUUUUAAAUGCCAAGUAUUGGUUUGGUUUUAAGAAAUUGACAUGUUAUUGACAAUAGUUGAAAACGAUUUCUGUAUCUACAGGUCGUUUAGGUAAGGCCCAUUUUCGCUGACAGCAUAAACGUCACUUUUUUCUUAAAACACUGACUAAACUUUAGAAUUUACAGUUAACAGUUGCUUUAAGAAAACUGUCGUUUAUGUUAUUGGUGAACUUAGGCCAAAAGUAUAUCCUGCAGUACAUACAUAAAAAACCGCUGAUUUAAGCGGUUAUUUUAAACACAACUGACGAAGUAUAUCAAUAAGAGGUUUAUGUGAACUUGAAGAGAAAUCAAUCCUGUUCCUUUUACAGAAUUAAUGAGGGUUUUCUAAAAUGGCGUCCACGAGGUGGCAGCACAGAGUCGUCAGGUCCAGGUAACUGUCAAAGUGCUUAUCUUUACUAUGAAUAGUGAACGAUUUUAGUGUUUUUUUUUUUA